ACAUGAAGAUUGACAUAGAGACAGAUAUAGACUUUAUCAUAAUGCUCAGAUUGAGUCAGAUCUACUACUCAACUGACAUGUCAUAGUAGUCAUAGUCAUCACAUCUAGAUAUAUAAUAUAUAUUUACUAUAGUAAAAUGGCAGAAGCAGAUGCUGAACUCCACAAUCGACUUAUCUAUUAUGUUUUACCAACGAUAAUUGUAUGUUACAUUACAUUUCGUUGGUGUGGAUUCAAGAAAGCCAAAUUUCAAGCUUUUCUUUGCAAUCUAGUUUGCAGUUAUGUUCACAAUAAAUUCUGUAAGAAGGAAAAAACAUUACUCUUUGACCAAAUGAAGAAUUAUGAAAAAUCUAGGUCUAAAACGCAUGCUGCAUUUACGAUACUAGAAAUAGGCGCUGGAAGUGGCAUGAAUUUUAAGUUUUUUCCCUCUGGAAGUGAAGUAACUUGCCUUGAUCCUAAUCCAUACAAUGAAAAAUAUAUUAUUGAUAAUUUAAGAAAAGCAGACAACAAUAUCAGACUUGUCAAGUUUAUUAAAGGUUUUGCAGAAAAUAUGCCAGAUGUACCAAGUGAUAAUUUUGAUGCAGUGGUGUGCACGUUUACCAUGUGCUCAAUAAGAAGACUAAACGAUGCUGUUGAAGAAAUAAAAAGAAUUUUAAAACCGGGAGGACACUUUUUUUACCUGGAACAUGUAGCAGCUCCAAAAGGUUCAUGGAUACGUUACUUUCAAGACAAACUUCAGUGUAUUUGGCCAUACAUAUCUGAUGGUUGUAAUAUUAAUAGGGAGACUUGGAACAUUUUAGAUCAUUCAAAUUUCAAAGAAGUCCAGUACUGUCAUUUCUCUGCAAGCACAUGGCUGGCAUUUUUCGCCAGGCCUGGUUUGUAUGGAUCAGCAAUAAAAUGAGAUAAAUUUAUAAUUGAUUUUAACAAUUCUAAA